UAGAGGACGGCAGGCACGCACCGGCACCACCAUAUAACAGGAGGCGCGUCUCUGCAAGUCUGCACUCGGACGGACGAGCGAGGCAGACCCGCAGGUCGCAGCCACAACCCAAGCGCAGCGCUCUGCCUGCCUCCGCUCCGGCUCAGCUCCCGCCCUGCCUCCGCCUUCCAUUCCACCGCGCGGCGCUGCCGAGUGCCGACGUCGUCCCCGCCGGAGUUUCUGGUUCCUGGGUUGGAUCUCUCGGAGUCGGAGCGAGCGAGGAUGGGCGGCGGCAACGGUGAAACCACCCAGCUGGGGGAGCCACUGCUGGCGAAGAAGGCGAAGGCGUACCGCCCUAGGUGCCCCGGCUGCCGGGUGGACCGCCUCAACGCGGAGCGGGAGGGGGUCUUCCCUCUCAAGGACCUCUUCCUCAUCUGGCUCGUCACCAUCACCUGCAAUAAGGGAUCUGCAUAUUGCUAAACAAACACAAGACAUUGGAUUUUAUGCUGGUUUUGUUGGCGCUUCAUAUAUGUGUGGGAGGGCAGUCUCCUCAACAGUAUGGGGAAUCGUGGCUGAUAAGUAUGGAAGGAAACCAGUUAUCGUACUGACCCUUAUUGCAAUAGUUAUCUUCAAUACUAUGUUUGGACUAAGCUCAAACUAUUGGAUGGCAUUAAUCACACGAUGCCUGCUUGGAAUCAUGUGUGGUUAUCUCGGGCCAAUUAAGGCUUAUGCUACAGAAGUGUGCCGAAAAGAAUACAAUCAUCUGGCUUUGGCAGUUGUUUCUUCCUCACGAGGCAUUGGUCUCAUUAUUGGUCCAGCUAUUGGUGGUUACCUUGCGCAGCCUGCAGAUAAAUAUCCAAGUAUAUUCUCUCAGACGUCCAUAUUUGGGAGGUUUCCAUACUUUCUUCCGUGCCUGUGUAUAUCAAUCCUUGCAGUUAUUGCUCUAAUUGCCUGCAUCUGGUUUCCGGAAACUUUGCAUAAACACAAUGGGGAUGCCGUUGAUAAUUCAGUUGAAACCGUAGAAGAAUCUCUUGCUGGCACCGACACUGAAGAAAAUGGAGGUGGCGGAUGUCUAAAAUUAUUUACAAACUGGCCGUUGAUGUCAGCUAUUACUUUAUAUUGUAUCUUCUCUCUUCAGGAUGUGGCUUAUGCAGAGACAUUCUCUCUUUGGGCUGUCAGUGACAGAUCGUUUGGUGGAUUAAGCUUUACUACCACAGAUGUGGGCAAUGUCCUUGCGAUGUCAGGUCUCUUCCUUUUUCUAUAUCAAAUGUUGAUCUAUCCGUUCCUUGCCAAAACGGUGGACCACAUCACAUUAGUCCGUGCAGUGGCGUUAUUGACUCUACCGGUUCUUGCUAGCUACCCAUUCUUUCCUUCGUUGUCCGGGUUCGGGCUCAUGGUGGUAGUAAAUUGUGCAUCUUUUCUGAAGAAUACAUUCUCGGUAACUACCAUUACCGUGUUCAACAUUUUGAUGAAUGAAGCUGUGACUCAGGAUGUAAGAGCCGCAGCCAAUGGGAUAGCUGUAACACUAAUGUCCAUCUCUAAAGCGGUUGCUCCAGCUGUUGCAGGAAUCAUAUUUUCGUGGGCCCAGAGGCGUCAAACAGCUGCAUUUCUUCCAGGCGACCACUUGGUGUUCUUCAUACUGAACAUCUUCACGUUCAUCGGUUUCGUCUUCACCUUCAGACCGUUUUUCGUUCGAGGCAGUGCCAAGCACUGAAACAUGGAUGAACCGGACGACGACCCAUGGUAUCCUAUCCAGGGGCAAUCGAAUAUAAAUUUUCUUCCGGCGUGGCCAAGGGAGGUGCCGAGUCUGUACCAGUACGACGACUCAGGCCAGAACACACGGCGUAUGGUAUGGUACACAGCAAGGCCGUGUUGUUGCUGUAAGUUUUGUAAUUUCUGUUUCCUUCUCGGCUUCGCAGCAUGCAGUUGCUGUAUAUGAUGGAAGAACACUCUGUUACUGGGCAUGUUGCGCGGUUUCCACGCGUGUAAGUAAUGUAGAAGUCGCUAUGGUAGGUAUUUCCAUACCGUCAUUAGUGGAUCAUUGAUUUUUUUUUUGUAAGAAGGUUAUUGCAAUGCCCUUUUUCCGGGCAUGAAUAAGAAAAAGGAAAUAUGCUUAUAUGCAUGGUAUGAAUAAGUGAGCAAUAGACUUGUACUGUGUUCUUGAUUUAUUUAAAAUCAGACUAAGAGAACUGGUGACAUUUUAAA